AUGAAUUCUACAAAACCUAGCUUUAAAGUCCUUAUCAAAAAAAAAGGUAAGACUCUCAAUAGAAGGCUGAAGAAUAGCUCAAAAUCAUAUAGGGAAAAUGGAGCAAAUCUCUACAUGUCUUACUCCAAGCCACAGGCGAUUCCGAAGCCACCAAAUACCCUGAUAAACUUGGUAAGAUCUAAGAAAACUUCACAAAGUUCAAGAAAAUGUUUGAAAAACGAUUACAUACUGAAAGAACUUGAUGUGAAGAAGCUUUCCAUUUAUUCUAAUAAUACGGUUUUGAAAAAAAAGAUCAACCCGUUCAUAGGAUUCCGAAGCUAUUAUGCAAAGUUUGCCAAGGGGAGAGUGAGGCAACAGGAACUCUCCAAAAUACUUUCUGAGUACUGGACGAAAAACUCUAAAAUACACAGUGUAUGGGAGUUUUUCACCCAACACUAUAAUCGAGAAGUUACAAGCAUGUGCUUCACAUUAUGGUUGGAAGAAAACUACCAACAAUCGUAUGAAGAGAGCGAGCUCGAUAGUGAGUGUAUGGCCAAGCGGUCACAACCGUAUAUUGAAGAUCUCUACUCUGGGACAGGCGAGUUUCUGACAAAACUAACAUCUAGAGAGUUGCUUGAUAUUUCAGGCAAUCAUUCUGGCUUUCAGGGCUCAUUAAACAGCUUGCCCUUCUUCGAGGAGCAUAACCGAACAACAGACUGGAUGCUGAGUAGCAUACUUCAAUGCGACCAAGUACCGUACUAUCCAAACUGA